AUGCCUACAAAGCCCCUGUUUCUCUUUCUUGUCGCUUUCUUCAUAUUCCAAGGUACCAGUGGCUUGACUCUCCAUAAAAGAGCGGCUCCUGCUGUCGUGGCGUUCGAUAUAAAGCGCAACGACGUCCCUGAUCCGGUGGCUAGAGAUCGGGUUAGACGAAAGCGAGAUAAAACGGCUAGUCAGAAGCUGGACAACGAGGAAACUCUAUACUUCUGCAAUGUGACUCUCGGUACACCAAAACAGAGCCUGCGCUUGGUUCUUGAUACUGGGAGUAGUGAUCUAUGGUGUAACGCAGCAAACUCAACUCUUUGUUCGCCAAAAAAGGAUCCAUGUGAUAUGUCCGGGUCCUACGACCCAAAUUCAUCCUCGUCAUAUAAGUUUGUGUCAUCAAAAUUCAAUAUCACUUAUGCAGACGGAACUGGCGCUGCCGGUGACUAUGUAAGCGACACCCUGCACAUCGGUGAUACUGCCAUAAAGGAUUUUCAGUUUGGGGUUGGUUAUUCAUCAAGCUCCACAGAAGGCGUUUUGGGCAUAGGGUAUGUCUCCAAUGAAGUUCAAGUUGGCCGUUUCGGCGAAGCCCCAUAUUCGAAUCUUCCUCAGGCAAUGGUCCGGAGUGGCUUGAUCAAGUCAAAUGCUUAUAGCCUUUGGUUGAACGAUUUGGGGGCAAGUACGGGUUCGAUCCUAUUUGGGGGUGUGAACACAGAGAAAUAUCGAGGUCAAUUGCAAACUCUACCCAUCCAAACAGUUAACGGCGGAUACUCAGAGUUUAUAAUUGCUCUUACUGCUGUUUCCUACAGUGAUGGUUCGAAUGAUCAGGACUACUCGGCUGAUGCACUGCCAGCGGCUGUCUUACUUGACUCUGGGAGCUCCCUUACGUAUCUUCCGGACUCUAUUGUGCAAACCAUUUAUGAUGAUCUUGAUGUCAUCUACGAGGCCUCGGGCGGGGUUGGUUAUGUGCCAUGUGGUUUGGCGCAAAAGAAUAUCAAUAUAACAUACACAUUUUCUACACCCACAAUCACGGUUAGUAUUCGUGAACUUGUUCUUGAAGCCGGAGACCUUCGAUUCCGGGAUGGUUCGCGUGCAUGCAUCUUUGGGAUUGUUCCUGCAGGAGAUAGCACUCCUGUUUUGGGGGAUACAUUUCUUCGGAGUGCAUAUGUCGUAUAUGAUAUUGCCAAUAAUGAAAUCUCCCUGGCCAAUACCAAUUUUAACUCAACAAAAGAUAAUAUCCUUGAGAUUGGAACAGGUGGCAACUCCAUUCCUGGUGCCAUAACAGUGUCCCAUCCAGUCACAUCAGUCGUUGCUGAGGAUUCCGGCGCUAGAAUUGGUGGUCCAGCAGCCACGCUGUUUACAGAGGUACCGUCAGCAAGCAGCGGAGGCACUGCUACUGCAGAAUUGACACACAUUCAGCUGCUUUUUGUUUUUGCAGUCGCUCUGGUCAAAUAUAUUAUAGCUUACUGA